CGUGUGGAGCCAUGCCGCUUUGCCGCUCGCGCCAUGUGACACCAUUGGCGCGCCAUGCGAAGCAUUUGCAGGCUGAACCACAUGCGGAGGCUGCAAUGCCUUUCCCCAUGUAUACAGUGCCCUUGCAGCAAGCACUCGAGAUGACAUGUGUUGAACCGCAUGAAAAGCUGAAGGCAAAGGGUUUGCUGGUUGAAUUUGAGAAAAACUGUGGGAAGGCAAUGUUCCUCUCACACGAGUGGACAGGGAAGGACCAUCCAGAUCCCACUUUCGCGCAAUUUAGUGUGUUCCAGGAUGCCAUGAAGCACAUUUUAUUGGGCCGCUUUAUUGAGUUAGAUUAUGUCACAGAGGCGCUUGUGCCACAAUCCAAGCCCCUGCCAACUCGAGAAUUUCGAUCUGCGCAGUUGUUUCUCUGGUACGAUUACUUUUCAUGCCCACAGCUGAAAGAGCUGCACAAUGACCAGGUCAAAGCGAUUGCCAGCAUCCAUGCAUAUGUCGCAGAGUGUUCUUUCUUUUUUGCGCUUUGCCCUUUCCUGCAAGAUCCUGUCACAUCCAAAGUGCUUUGUCCGUCGAGCUGGGAGGAGAGAGGUUGGUGUAGGUUAGAAAGGACGAUGCGGGAGCUUUCUGAAGGCUCAUGGGUCUUGAUCAAGAGCGCGGAACGCGUAGAACUGGUGGUGGCGUCCAGGGCUCUCGGCUGCCCAACAGGCGAAGGAGAUUUUACUGUGGCGGCUGAUAGGGUCAAACUUGGCCCUAUCCUUGCAGCGGCACUCAAGGGCAAAAUGAAGCGUGCUUUGACUAGAAGUGAUUUUGUGACAUACCGUGUAGUGCGGAACCUGCAGAGUGUUUAUUUGCGGGGUCUUGAAACCCAGCCCGAGCUAGAUGUCGUGCCGGGGUGGAGCUGCAAUGCAGAUGGUCCAGUUUCAAUUGUGGAACAGUUUUUCUACCAGAAUGGCUUGUGGAACAUCCAUGAAGUAGACAGUGCUGGCUUUCUGCCUUUGCACUAUGCGGCUUUGGGUGGCAAACCACAGGUGAUCAAAGCCAUGUUGGAGUUACGGGCAGACUUCUCAAGGACCACACGGAAAGCACAACCCUUGCUGGGAAUACCUCCAUGGACGUCAGCCCUUGGGCUGGCACUGGCGUGUGGCCACAACGAUGCUGCCCAAAUUCUGAUUAAAGCAAAAGCCAAGGUGCAGGAGACUGGUGUACUAUCACCUGCAUUGCAUGUGGCUGCUGCGAGCAACAAUGUGGAAGGCAUCCGUCUUCUCGUGGAAGCUGGUUGUGACCCCAUCACCAACCACACCAUUUUUGGUUUUUCAGGAGCAGUUUUUGCGUGUGAUCUCGUUGCACCAGCUGCCUUGGAGGAACUGCUGAUCCGGUAUGGCGUCAGCAUCUCAGGGCUCCUGCAUGCAACUGCUGAGUCCAGCCGAGGGGGCUCGGGUGCAGUCGCCCGCCGACUUAUCGAGCUGAAGGCUGACAUAGAUGAGCAGUGCCAGGUUCAAUGGCUGACACCUUUGGGAGCCUUGGUGGCCCUCCAAUCCCUUCGCUAUCGAUGGACUGACACAGCUCUGACGCGACGCUUGUAUCACCUUCCUGGCUCAACGCCUUUAAUGAUGGCCAUCCUCUCAGGAAACUACGAAAUUGCCAUGACCCUGCUCCGUGAAGGAGCUCGAGUGGAUCUGCGCAAUGCGCGGAACGUCUCGGCCGCAGAUCUGGCAGAAGGUGCCCCACAGCUUCUCCAAGAGAUCCUGACGGGCGACUCCAUUUUCUGCCGCGUGUGACAUCGUGUGACAGGAGCCUUCCCAGCCUUGCAAAUUAGGCUUUCGUCGGAUCAAAACCGAGCGUUUUAGCGUGCAAAAAACGUCU